AUAUUUUUUUUUCUAUUGAUUAAAUUAAGUUAUAUGAUGCUUCUGUUGAAAAAAUACAAUAGAGCUCAAAGUUUCUUCCCACUCGUACUGAGCUGCCGUAAUAUAUCAAGAAAAAAACAAGUGUUACUCACUGAUCUUGUGCAGAAGAAGCCGGAAGACUUGAGAAGGCAUCAGAUAUAUGACUAUUUUAUUGUUCUUGAUUUUGAAGCAACUUGUGAGAGAUCAAAACUAACCUAUGAUCAAGAGAUUAUAGAAUUUCCAGCAUUUAAAGUUAAUUCAUCAACAUAUCAAAUCGAAGAAUGUUUUCAUUCCUUCGUCCGACCAACUAUACAACCAAUAUUAUCAGAAUUUUGUAUGCAGUUAACUGGAAUUACUCAAUUCCAAGUAGAUGAUAAGCCUACUUUAAAAGAAGUUAUGCAAUUGUUUGACAUUUGGAUGGAAAAACAUGUCCUUAGUGAUAAUAAGAACUUUAUUUUUUGUACAUCUGGUGAUUGGGACUUGAUGAAAAUGUUACCCAGUGAAUGUAAGAUGAAAAAUUUGACUUUACCUAAAUAUUUUUAUCCUUAUGUAAAUAUAAACAAGUCGUAUGCAUUAACAAUGGGAAAAUGGCCUAGACUUGGCAAAGGUCGACUGCAUGCUAUGCUGCGAUUGUUAGACUUGGAAGUUUUUGGUGAACUUCACCAAGGUACGAGUGAUUGCGAAAACAUGAUUCGUAUUAUGGAAGUACUGUCUAAAAAAGGUCAUAUUUUUAAGCCAACAUCAACUUCAUAGGACUGAAGUGAAAUUGAUGAAUAUUUCUCAAAAAUUGUAAUUGUUGAGGGUGUAGUGGCCCAUGUCGAGUGCGGUUUUUGGGGCCAAGUUGAUGUGUGUAGCUAAAUGGGAUACUACAACACUACAGUUAAUAAGCCACAUCUGGUCUUAACUGUUUUCUUGAUCUACUAUUAAAAACUGAUUUGGUAAUUCGGUUUGUAAUAUUUCAUGAAUGUUUUUGGGAAAUUUGAUAUAUAGUGAAUAUGUAGGUACCUAAUUCUUUUGUAAUAGCUUAUUGAAAUCCAACAAGCAAUUUUUAACAAGCUUAUUCUAUAAUUUUUUGAUACUUGCGCUGAAAUAAUUAAUUUGAAAGGAUCCAAAUGUAUGAGUUCCAGAUGAGCUUUAUGUUCAAAAUUUCUAGUGCUCCUAAGUCAUCCAUUGUUCUCCAUAUCAGGCUGAAUAUUGUUUGUUUUGGCCAAGUAGGACAUGUGUUAAAAGCCAUCUUGGUAACUACUGGUGUAUCAUGAACUCCAGUCUUGUUGAAUGUUAUUGCAUUGGCGCUUGUAACUGUAAGUAUUUAUAAUUGUUUGCAGUGAGUUAUACUGCCUACAGGCACAGCUUAUCGAAAACUAAUAAAGUGCUAAUAACUUAUUGCUUUUUUAUC